AUGAGCGCCUGGGCCGCCGCGCAGACCGCGGACGGCAGAACAUAUUACUGGAACAAGACCACGAAGGAGACGAGCUGGGAGAAGCCGGCAGACCUUGACGUCCCUGCGACACCUGCUACGCCUGCAACGCCCUCCGGCGGCAGCGCAGCAGACUGGAGUGAAGCCAAAGCACCAGAUGGUCGUUCGUACUACUACAACAAAAUCACACGCGAGACCAGAUGGGAGAUCCCGGAAGAGCUGAAGCUACAGCGACAGCAAGCUAACGGACAUUCUGACUUUGUCGCUGGUGGCGGUCGACCUGACUUUGGCAGGCAAGGUUUUGGAGAUGAUCGCCCGCCGCGGAGAGAAGAUCGCGGUCAUGGACUGCCACAGAAACCGAGCUUUGAGGGUCCACGAGACGGCGGCGGCGGAGGCAGACCGUGGGAGAGCAGACAGGAGAGCAUGGGCUUUCGUGGCCCAAUGCCUGCAAAGACCGACGAACCUGAAUACGGCUCUGCAGAGGCAGCUGAAGAAGCCUUCUUCAAGUUGCUGAAGCGCCACAACGUCACCCCCGACACAGAGUGGAACGACGCCCUUCGCCUCGUUGUCCGUGAGCGAGACUAUCGUGCCAUUAAGGACCCAAAUGAGAGGAAGCAGGCGUUCGAUAAGUACUGCCAGGAAGUUCGCGCACAAGAAAAGACCAGAGAGAAGGAGCGGAAGGAGAAGACGAAAGAGGAGUUCCGGCAGAUGCUCACGACCCACGAGGAGAUCAAGCACUAUACACGAUGGAAGACUGCGAGACCGUUCAUCGAGCGGGAGGCGGUGUUUAAGAGUGCAGGCGACGAAGAUGAGAAGCGGCGCAUGUUCGACGACUACAUUCUCGAGUUGAAGAAGAAGCACGUCGAGGACGAGGCUGCCCGGCGCAAGAUUGCCCAACAAGAGCUUGACAGCAUGCUGAAAGUGCUGAUCAUUGAUCCUGACACUCGAUGGGCCGAUGCAGAAGACUUGAUCAUGAACAACGACCGUUUUGUCAGUGAUGACAUCUUCAGGACGCUCAGCAAAGUCGACGUAUUCAACUCGUUUGAAUCACACAUGAAGGCACUGGAGCGACUCGCCAACGACACCACUCAAAAGGAGAAGCGAAUGGGCAAGCGCCUGGAACGGAAGGCUCGCGACGCAUUCAAGCAACUACUCAGCGAGAAGCUCAAGGAGGGCAAGAUCAAGGCCGGCUCAAAGUGGCAAGAUGUACGUCCGCUGAUUGCGGAAGAUGAACGCUAUUUGGGUUACCUUGGAAGGCCAGGAAGUGAUGCUUUGAACCUGUUCUGGGACUUGGUCGAGGACGAAGAGCGCAAGCUGCGGUCAAAGCGCAAUGAUGCUCUUGAUGUACUUGAGGAGCGGCGCUGGGAGAUGACGCUGGAUACUUCCUUCGAUCAAUUCGUCGAGGUCAUGCAGUCCCACCCAAAGACUUCCUACCUCAAAGAUGACGAGAUCGGCAUGAUCUUUGAUCGACUCAUGGACAAGAUCAAGAAGCGCAACGAGGCGAACAAGGCGGACAUUGAGCGCCAGAAGAAGGACACUAUCGAUGUAAUCCGAUCGGCCAUGAAGAGGGUCGAGCCUCCCAUCAGUGUCGAGGACACUUACGAAGAAGUCGCACAGCGGCUUGCUGGGCAUCGGGACUUCGAAGCAGCUGACGAGGACAUGCGAAAGAGUGCCUACGACAAGUACAUGCGUCGCCUUAAGGAGCGAGACGAUCACGAACGCGAGCGAGCCCGCCGUGAGCGCGACCGUGAGCUAGAUCGCAGAAACGGCUCGAGACGUGACGAUAGAGACCGCGAGAGAGACCGUCGGCACCGCACUCGAACGCCCGAGGUCGACCCCUACGAAGCCGACCGGCGUAAGGCGCAAGAAGUUCGGGAGAGACAGUAUAGGAAGGCGUCGUUCGGGUUGUCUCCACUUCGCCGCGACGAUAGGUACGAGCGGGACCGUAGACCGGAUCCUCGCGAUUUCUACGACUGGGAGAGACGUGAGAGGGAGAGAGAGCGGGAGAGGAACUACAUCGAUCGUGCAGACCCACGUGACAAGAACACGAAUAAGACUCUGGACUAUGGAGAUGAUGAUGUGGUCGGAAGCCGUCCCGGAUCGAUUCGCAAGCGCCGGGACUCGGACGGCAGCAGAACCCGACGCGACCGCCGCACCCGCUCGCCUGAGCCUGAGGGUGUCCUCAAGGAGGAAGCACCAGCUCUCCAGAGCGGUUCUGAAGAAGGCGAGAUCGAGGAGAUCUGA